CUCAUUUGCGACUUAAGGUAUGAUCUGCAGGUAGGGCGGGCAGAAAAUUCAAACCACGUUGAGAGUCUAGACGGAGAACACGUGCAAUAUUUUUGAUCAGUUAGUAUCACUAUUGGUUAGCUAAGUUGUUACUAGCAAUUAAAGGAACUAAGAUGUCCCAGCGAAGACGUGCUGCAGAAGUUGCAGAGAAGAAAGCUGCGGAUGCCAUCCGAGCAGAUGAUAUAAUUGAAGAUGUUAUCCCAGAAUCGAAAUCCUGGAAUUCCGAACAAUCAAAAUCUUCAAACGGAAAACCACCCCUUGCUGGGGCUGCGGCAAAAGCUAAAUUGGUUGCUGCUAAACCAAAAGGAAAGGACACAAAGGUGAAACAACUUGAAGAAAUGGCUGAUGAAGAAGAAAAAGAGAAAACAAUGAAGUUUGAUAAAAGCAAAAAGCAGGAAUCAGGAGGGAAACAUGUAGAACCUAGCACUCACAAAAAACUUGCGUCAGCUGGCAAGAAGGGUGCCUCAGUGAGGUGGUCAAAAGAAAGACAAGAACAAGAAGGAGGUCCUGAUCCAGACUAUGAAAUGAACGAAGAAAAUGAAGAUGACAAAGAAGCGUAUAAAGAGGAAUUUCAAGAGGAACCUGUGGAAGAAGAAGAAAAUUUUGAAGAGGAAGGAGAAGAGGAAGGAGAAGGAGAAAAUAAAGAAGAUCGGAUGCAUAAAAUAAGAGUGGAAGCAGGGAAGAAAGCAAUUGCAACAAGAAAGGCUCACAUUAAAGAACAGGAUCCUAACGUCAAAUCAGACAAAGACGCAGACACUGUCUUACACGAUCAGUUAUCAGCCAUCGGUAAAAAAGGAGCUUCAGCUAGAUGGUCGCGGGACAACGAUGAGGACAAUGGGGGGGAGGAAGAGAAUCAAGGAGAAGAGGAUAAAGAAGCACGGUUGCACAAUAUCAGAGUAGAAGCAGGGAAGAAAGCAAUUGCAACAAGAAAACAACAUAUCAGAGAACAGGAUCCUGGAAUACAGUCGGAUGAAGAGGCUGACGCAGUCCUGCACGACCAGUUGUCAGCCAUCGGUAAGAAAGGCGCAGCAGCGAGAUGGUCGUACGACAAAGGACAAGGCGGCGAUCAGGGUGAGGGUGAAGAACAAGAAGAAGACGAAGACGAGAAGGAAGCCCGGAUGCAUGAGAUCAGAGUACAAGCAGGAAAGAAAUCAAUGGCGACACGUAAGCAACGGCUGAAGGAGCAGGAUCCUGGAGUGCAGUCGGACGAAGAGGCCGAUGCGGUUUUACACGAACAAUUGUCGGCAAUCGGCAAAAAAGGAGCCUCAGCCCGAUGGGCUCGCGAAAAGGGCGAGGGUUCGGCUGAAGAAGAAGAGGGUGACGAGAAUGAAGAUGAAAAAGCUGCCCGAUUGCAUAAAAUUAGGGUCGAGGCGGGGAGAAAGGCAGCAGCGACACGAAAGGCACACGCUCAGCAACAACAAAAUUCCGCGGGUGAAUCGGAGGAAGACGAACCAAGCACACACGAGAAACUGUCAGCUGCUGGUAAAAAAGGGGCAUCGACGAGAUGGGCGCGUGCAAAAAAACGGGAUUCUGAAGGAGAAAAUAAUGACAAUGGCAACAUGAAGAAGCCUCGCGCUUCAUCGCGGGUCGCAAUGGAACAUUGCAAAUCCUGAUCCGUAUUCAAGAGGAAGGCUCUUGAAAUUCAAGAGCUGUUCCUCCAACAUUGCGCUGACCUGGUGGUGGAAAUGAAUGUUUCGGCUCCGCGUAGGGGGGCGUUCGAAAUCAUAGUGACCAAUUCCCAUGGUGUCGAGACUAUAUUAUGGAGCGGAAUUAAGCGUGGUCCGCCACGACGUCUCAAAUUUCCGGAUCCUAAUUCUUUGAUUGCUGGCUUAAAGGAAGCCCUAGCUUAAGAGUCGUUAAUUCGCAUAGGUUUAGAUUUUUUGUCUUCAUUGUUCGCGUUCGUUAAUUUUAUUGCACUUUCACUUGCACUGAUCGUCCAAUGUACAAGAUUCAGUUGAAGAGAGCAUAUCUACCACUUGAGAAAAGAAAGAGGCCUGAGUAAAAGGUUUAUGAAGGCGUGAGAGUAAAAAUUUUUUAAUUAACAAAUCUUCCAUGUCCUGAUGUUUUUGCCUUUUUCGUCCGCUUUUUUUUUAUCAUGUGAUAGAAAAGUCUCAAAACUCAGAUUAAGCUUUCUUUUUAUUUUUGUUUUGUUACACACUAAAACAUCGCUGAGCUCUCCCGAGUGUUGCGUUCUAAUCCCGUAUAAAUCACUAAAAAAUUUGUUAA